AUGUCUGUGAAAUGGGUUUCAGCUCUAUUGCUGCUACAGCUAUGCCUCUUUAGCUGUGGGUCUUGUGGGAAGGUCCUGGUGUGGCCUAUGGAGUAUAGUCACUGGCUCAAUAUGAAGGCCAUCCUGGAUGAACUUAUAGAGAAGGGCCAUGAGGUGACUGUGCUAACACCUGCUGCUACUGUUUUGGUGGAUCCCAAUAAUUCAUCAGCUCUCCAUUUUGAGGUUUUUCCUGUGCUACCCAAUCAAGAAGAUUUAGCUUUAUUUGUUGAAAAAUGGAUCACAUUUUGGAUUUAUGAAAUGCCAAAUCUUUCAUUAAUGGAAUAUGUUGCCAGCCUACAAGAAAUUUUUUUUCACUAUUCCAGAUUUUCUUCCAGACUUUUGAAACAGAACUGUGAGAGUGCUGUUCUGAACAAAGAACUUGUAAAAAGAUUGAAGGAAGCCAGAUAUGAUGUUGUUCUCUCAGAUGCUAUAUGUUUUUGUUCUGAGCUCAUAGCAGAGAUACUUGAAAUCCCCUUUGUCUACAGUCUUCGCUUCUCUGUUGGCAACACCUUUGAAAAACACUGUGGAGGACUCCCAUGCCCUCCUUCCUUUGUGCCUCUACCCUUGACAGCAUUGACUGACAAGAUGACCUUCAUGGAGAAAGUGAAAAAUAUGGUUAUUACCCUUUACCUCGACUUAUGGUUUCAGAAUUUUUAUUUGAAGGAUUGGGAUCAGUUUUACAGUGAUGUAUUAGGAAGACCAACUACAUUAUGUGAAACUAUGGGGAAAGCUGAAAUGUGGCUAAUUCGAACAUACUGGGAUUUUGAAUUUCCUCGUCCUUACUUGCCAAAUUUUGAGUUUGUCGGAGGACUUCAUUGUAAACCUGCAAAGCCUCUUCCUGAGGAAAUGGAAAAAUUUGUCCAGAGUUCUGGGGACCAUGGUAUCGUGGUAUUUUCUCUUGGCUCAAUGGUGAAAAACUUAACUGAUGAAAAGAGUAAUGUGAUUGCUGCAGCUCUUGCCCAGAUUCCACAGAAGGUUCUGUGGCGAUACAAAGGAAAGAAGCCAGCCACAUUAGGUCCAAAUACCAAAACCUAUGACUGGAUUCCCCAGAAUGAUCUUCUUGGUCACCCCAAAACCAAGGCUUUUAUCACUCAUGGUGGAACCAAUGGAAUCUACGAAGCAAUCUAUCAUGGAAUUCCCAUGGUAGGUGUGCCCAUGUUUGCUGAUCAGCCUGAUAACAUUGCUCACAUGAAGGCCAAGGGAGCAGCUGUCGAGGUGAACUUUAAUAAAAUGACAACAGCAGACCUGCUUAAUGCUUUGAAGACAGUCAUCAAUGACCCCUCAUACAAAGAAAAUGCUAUGAGAUUAUCAAGAAUUCAUCAUGACCAACCUGUGAAACCCCUAGAUCGAGCUGUCUUCUGGAUCGAGUUUGUGAUGCGUCACAAAGGUGCUAAGCACCUUCGACCUGCUGCCCAUGACCUCACCUGGUACCAGUACCACUCCUUGGAUGUGAUUGGCUUCCUACUUGCCUGUGUGGCAACUGUUGUCUUUAUAGUUGCUAAAUCCUGCUUGUUUUGCUGCCGGAAAUUUGGUAAAACAGGAAAGAAACAAAAGAGGGCAUAAUUUCCUUUGAUACCUAAGGCUGGGGAUGGGGGAUAGAAGUGGUGAGGAAGGAGCCAGGAAGAACUCCAUCUUAGUACUUAGUCUAGCUGCCUUGAGGUUUGAAAUAAACUCCUUUUCCCAAUUCACAAUAUUUAUGUAACUCUUACUUUGUGCAAAGCAUUGUAUAUAGGUCCUGAAGGAGAUGCAAAGACAGAUGAGUCAGUUUUUGUCCUCAAGUUUACAACCAAUUUGGACAUGAAUAUGACAUGCAUACAAAUAAUGAGUGGUAAUUUUAAUAUGAUAAGAGAUGUCUCAAAAGAAGCAAUUUAAGAGUUUCUCUUUUUCUUUCUAGUUUGUGAUAUCACAAAGACUUUUCCAGGUAGAUUAGGAAAACUGUAGUACCAAAGUUAGUAGAAAACAAUACAGGAGAAAAAACAAAAUUCAAAUUGGAAUUUUUUUCUCAAUCUUCAACUCGGUCUUGGUUGCCUGACUACUUUCUUUUGAUCUCCUAUCUGUCCCUUCCACAUCCACAAUUGUUAUUUCACACCCUUGAAUAAUUUCUAAGAGUAAUAAUCCAAGCAACCUUUUAAUCUUGAUUUAUAAGUGAAAUUUGCCUCAAAAGGUUUGUGAUCAUAGCUCAGUGCUCUAGCACUGAUAACUCAGACACCUGAGCUCUACUACUAACUUGGAUGAGUGACCACAGGCUAUGCAUUUUGUUGCCAGGUUUCAGUUUCCUCAUUUGUAAAAUGAAAAAAGGAAUGGAGGCAGUUUGACAACAUAAUUCCUCCCAGUUCUAAAACUGGAAUUGGGACAAAGAUUCAGGAGAAAGUAGUCCUGUUUGUGCUUCAAAAAUAAUCUAAAAUGUCGCUAUUUCUAGAGCUCAUCCAUUCAAAAUGAUUACCAAUCAAAUAUUUCCAAGCUCAUAGGAUAUUCUUACAAUAAUAAGUAGUGAUAGUAGCACCUGUUAAGAAAGGAUUUUCCCCACAUUUCACCUUGACUUGUAAAGCCUAAAUUUAGAACAAAAUAAAAUUGCUUCUAUGCCUUUUAAGAACAAGAACCACAGAGAAUGCUUUCAUUUCUCAGGGAAAGAGAUUUGUCUGCCAUAACUUAAUGGGGAAAGUAUGGAUGUUAGAGUAGGGGAAACUAUAAAGGAAUAUAGGAGGAAAAGUUCACUAGUUCACUAGUAACUGGCUUAGUUAAAAACAGCAAAUGCUUACAUAAUAUUCAAGUUCAUUUUUAAAAAGCAUACUUACAAUAAAUAAAUAAAUGAAAAGCAUACUUACAAUUCAUAUGAUCAUGGCACUGCUAAUGUUAUUUCUUGAACUUGACUGAAAAUAGCAAUAUGACCACAAAUCCUUUGCAUGCUGAUUUUAGGUUAAUAUGCAGAUAAACACUGUAAAUUCGUUUCCCAAAUAUUUUUAAAUUAAAAGAAAUUGAUUGUUAUGGUGUGUAUAUUUUUUUAAGAGUAUUUGUCUUUAUUUGGGGGAGUUGGGAAUCCUAAACUAGUUCACAAAAUUGUUCACUAGUUUUAUAAAACAAAAAAGUAACCAAAUAAAAAUCCUAUUUGCAUUUUUAUUUUUAAAAAAAUUAUUUGUAUUGAUUAAUUUUUCAGAAUAUAAUCAAAGUAAUCAACCCCUAUGGAGCAGCACUGAAUUUUUUUCUAGAAGUUUUCUAGAAAUUAAGCCAUUACUGUCCUAUCUAAAUAAGAGCAUUAGCACUUACUACUCUGUAAACACUGUAUCUUAAAAAUAAUAGUUUGCCAAAAUCAUAGUUUAAUUUUUUGGUAGUGUUCAUUGCUAAGUUAACGCUUCAGAAUUUCCUUUUAAUUUUGAAAAGGUUAAAGAUGAACGUGUUCCAAGGCAUUUUAUCUUAGUGUCGAUUUCUAAAUAUCAUUAGGAAGACUUUAUUUGUCCAGGAAUUUUUUGAAGCUUAGAGGCUUAAAGUAGGUGGAUUUUUUUUACAUAAUGCUACUUGGAUUAUAUACCAACAUGUGAAUUAUGUUAAUUAAGCAUUGUGUUUGUAGAUAUUGGAAUUAAGUAUGUAUUGCUGCUAUAAUUCUUAUCAGAUUGUAACACAUCUAACUCAAGAGUUUAUGGGCUACAAAUAAUAUUUUCAAAGGACAAGUGCCCUCUACUGGCUUCGUUAAAAACUGUAAAUGCUUACAUAACAUUCAAGUUCAUUUUUAAAAAGCAUACUUACAAUAAAUAAAUAAAUGAAAAGCAUACUUACAAUUCAUAUGACCAUGGAACUGCUAAUGUUACUUCUUGAACUUGACUGAAAAUAGCAAUAUGACCACAAAUCCUUUCCAUGCUGAUUUUAGGUUAAUAUGCACAUAAGCACUAUAAAUUCAUUUUCCUAAUAUUUUUAAAUUAAAAGAAAUUGAUUGUUA